CGUUCUAUAUAUUACGUCAGUCAAACUAAUCAAUGAGUCGUUAAAUAAAACAAAUCAUAGCCACAUUAUUAAUUACCAUAUAUUAAUACAAUAUUUAUCUGAAUUUGAUUAGUCUCUAUCUUUCUAUGUAUGUCUAAGUCAUACAUAUCAACAUAUGUUCUAAAGGCAAUUUCGACGUAAUAGCACACCAAAAAUAUACCGCGUUGACGCAGUUUUUUCAAAAAAUUUGUGAACCAUGCAAAAGAAAUAAACUUUGAGUGGUACAUUUUUGUUUUUAUAGAUCUUAUAGUCUCAAGGAAAUUGUAUGGAUUUUUCUAUUGUGGAAAAUUCAAAGUCAUCUCACCUCUUAUAAGUUAUAAGUCAUCAACUUCUCCUACACAAUAUGUGUUAAACAAUAUCAUUCUUUCAUAGUCAUCUCUUUCGUGAUAUCACCCCUUUGCUUUUCUUAAACUCUUCCUAGUCAUCAAAUUAAACUGUGAUUUUCAGAGAAAUUCCAUGGAAAUUAAGAAAGUGGUGGUGAAAUUGAACAUCCAUGAUGACAAAGACAAGAGAAAGGCCAUGAAAGCAGUCUCGUCCCUUGCAGGUAUAAAUGUAUUGGAAGUGGACAUGAAGGAAAGUAAAAUGACAAUAAUUGGAGAAGUUGAUCCAGUUGCCGUCGUAAACAAGUUAAAGAAACAAUGGAAUGCACAAAUAGUAACAGUGGGGCCGCCCCCAAAAAAGGAGGAGAAGAAGGAUGAGAAAAAAGACGAAAAGAAGGAUGAGAAGAAGGAUGAUAAAAAGGAUGACAAAAAGGAUGAUAAGGAGCAAAUUGCUGAGCUUAUCAGGCUUUAUAGGGCACAUAAUCCACCAAUGUACUAUUGUUAUCAAACUCUAGAUGAGAACCCUAAUAAUAAUUGUCGUAUUUGCUAAUCAAAAAAUAAAUGAGAGAAAAAGGAUGGAUAAAAUUUCAAUGAAAGAGUAAAAAUUUUAGCAUGUGGAUUCCCAUAAGGUGUAAAAUGGCCAUGUAAUUAAAAAUAUUGAGGAUGUUUUGGGUCAUUUGUUGUAAUUACAUACGGGAUUAUAGGCAAAUUAUGUGGUAAAGAUAUGGAGGAGAAUGUAAAAGAUGACCAAAUUUAUUUUGGCCUUCAAAUUGUAACCACAUCUAUCGAGGGUUUGAAACUUUCUAUUUGAACUAAACGUGAUUUAUAAAUUAAUCCUUUGGUUGAUU